AAACCCACCUUCCCACUCGCCCGAUCCAGAUCUCCACCUCCUCACUUCCCCGCCCCUCACCGCCACCACCGUCGCCGUCGCCGGCGGCGACCUACCAGCCUCCAUCCACCCCGCGCCCCCCAGCCCAACGCAAUGGAGCAGCUCCGGACGAUCGGGCGGGAGCUGGCGAUGGGGUCGCAGGGCGGGUGGGGGCAGUCGAAGGAGUUCCUGGACCUGGUCAAGUCCAUCGGCGAGGCCCGCUCCAAGGCGGAGGAGGACCGCAUCAUCGUCCGCGAGCUCGAGUACCUCAAGCGCCGCCUCGCCGACCCCGACGUGCCGCGCCGCAAGAUGAAGGAGCUCCUCCUGCGCCUCGUCUACGCCGAGAUGCUCGGCCACGACGCCUCCUUCGGCCACAUCCACGCCGUCAAGAUGACCCACGACGAGUCCCUCCCGCUCAAGCGCACCGGCUACCUCGCCGUCGCGCUCUUCAUCGACGAGCGCCACGACCUCGUCAUCCUCGUCGUCAACACCAUCCAGAAGGACCUCAGGUCCGACAACUACCUCGUCGUCUGCGCCGCGCUCACCGCCGCCAGCAGGCUCAUCGGCGAGGAGGCCAUCCCAGCCGUGCUGCCACAGGUCGUCGAUCUCCUCGCGCACCCCAAGGAGGCCGUAAGGAAGAAGGCUGUCAUGGCGCUCCACCGAUUCUACCAGCGAUCCCCCUCCUCCGUCUCCCACCUAGUCUCCAACUUCCGCAAGAAACUCUGUGAUAAUGAUCCUGGGGUGAUGGGUGCAACUCUAUGCCCACUCUAUGACCUGGUUUUGGAAGAUCCAAAUGCGUACAAGGAUCUAGUUGUUAGCUUUGUUAACAUUCUCAAACAAGUUGCAGAGAGGAGGCUUCCAACUUCCUACGACUACCACCAAAUGCCCGCACCAUUUAUUCAGAUAAAAUUAUUGAAAAUACUCGCUGUACUGGGUAGCGGUGACAAGCAAGCGAGUGGCCAUAUGUACACUGUCUUGGGUGACAUAUUCAGGAAGGGUGAUAGUGCCAGCAACAUUGGCAAUGCAAUAUUGUACGAGUGCAUAUGUUGUAUCUCGUGCAUUUUCCCAAACUCUAAGAUGCUAGAUGCUGCAGCUGAAACAACAUCAAAGUUUCUGAAGAGUGAUAGCCAUAAUCUUAAGUAUAUGGGCAUUGAUGCUCUUGGACGACUAAUAAAAAUAAAUCCUGAUAUUGCAGAAGAGCACCAGCUGGCUGUUAUCGAUUGCUUAGAGGACCCUGAUGACACUUUGAAGCGUAAGACCUUUGAGCUUCUGUAUAAGAUGACAAAAUCAACUAAUAUCGAAGUGAUAGUUGAUCGGAUGAUUGAAUACAUGAUCAGCAUAACUGAUCACCAUUAUAAGGCAGAAAUUGCAUCACGUUGUGUUGAGCUAGCUGAACAGUUUGCGCCCAGCAAUCAGUGGUUCAUCCAGACCAUGAACAAAGUCUUUGAGCAUGCUGGAGACCUUGUCAACAUUAGAGUGGCGCACAAUCUAAUGCGUCUUAUUGCUGAAGGAUUUGGAGAGGAGGAUGAAGGUGCUGAUAGUCAAUUGAGAUCAUCAGCUGUCGAUUCGUACCUCCGGAUUCUGGGGGAGCCAAAGCUUCCGUCCUCAUUUUUGCAGAUCAUAUGCUGGGUUUUAGGGGAAUACGGAACAUCAGAUGGGAAGCAUCCUGCUUCUUAUAUUAUCGGGAAGUUGUGUGAUGUGGCAGAGGCCCACCCAACGGAUGACACUGUCAGGGGUUACGCAAUCUCAGCAAUUUUGAAGAUAUUUGCAUUUGAAAUUGCUGUUGGAAGGAAGACUACUAUGUUGCCCGAGUUUCAGUCAUUGGUAGAUGAAUUAUCAGCUUCGCAUUCAACAGACUUGCAGCAGCGUGCAUACGAGGUACAGGCUUUACUAGGCUUGGACAAACAAGCUGUUGGAAGUGUAAUGCCCUUGGAUGCCAGUUGUGAAGAUAUUGAGGUCGACAGAAACCUCUCAUUUUUAAACAGUUAUGUGCAGCAAGCCUUGGAAAAGGGUGCGGCACCUUACAUUCCUGAAAGUGAACGCUCAGGCGCUGUAAGUGUUGGCAACUACAGAGCACAGGACCAACAUGAUACAUCUGCCCAUGCUCUUAGAUUUGAGGCCUAUGAGCUACCUAAACCUUCAGUACCUACAGCAACCUCACAAGCCAGCGUUUACCUACCGACUACUGACCUUGUUCCAGUUCCAGAACCAAGUUACUAUAAGGAAGACCAUCAGAUAGGAAGAUCCCAGCCAUCAGGCAGUGCACCUUCUGGUGAAUUUGGUGCCAAACUUCGUCUUGAUGGGGUUCAGAAGAAAUGGGGAAGGGAAUCCUAUACCUCCUCUUCUACACCUUCAAGCUCGACCUCUAGCCAACAAGCAGCCAAUGGAGCUUCUAGCUCUGACGGGGGAGCUCCUAUAAGUUCACAGGCACGGGAAUCCUCGUAUGGUUCUAAGAAACAGCAGGCAACAGAAGUUUCAGCAGAAAAACAACGGCUGGCUGCUUCACUUUUUGGUUCGGCUGCAAAAGCUGAUCGGAAGGCACAUGCUGGUCGGAGGGCAGCAAAAGAGAGUUCCUCCACUGAGAAAGUAACUGUUGCUAAUGCAGCACCUCAGCCUGCCAAGGAGCAAGUAGUCCCAGCUGUCCCACCACCAGAUCUGAUGGAUCUGGGUGAGCCAGUUCCAUCAAGUGCCCCAUCAGCUGACCCUUUCUCACAGUUAGAUGGGCUCCUUGGACCAGCAUCAGCCUCUCCGGUUGUUUCUGCAACCUCAGCUCCCAGCGCUUCCAACACACCAGACCUCAUGUCCAUCUUCUCGGAUGACACUGGAACCACCAGUGGAUCGGCAGAACCCGCAGUUGGUGCCCAAAAAGGAGCAACUGCAAAGAAGGGCCAUAGUCUUCAAGAUGCCUUGCAGAAGGAUGCCACCGCACGGCAAGUCGGUGUGACACCAACAGGGAACAAUCCUAAUCUAUUCAAGGACUUGCUAGGCUAGAAUACAUCAGAUGUUCAGUGUGCACAAGUUGGGUUGAAGCCGUCAAAUCCCCAAGAUGGUUUGAUGGGUGAACCGGUGAUGAUCAAGCUGUUUGAUCAGCACAGGAACGAGGGAUAUACUUGGUUGAGUCACAAGGCACGACCUUUGCCCUCCCAAUUGGGAGGGGUUUGCGGUGUUGACGGGUUGAUGUUUGCGGGUAACUUUCCUGUUGCGUUUUUUCGCAUGGCAAUUUUCUUGUUGAGACUAGUGUACAUGUGUUUAUUACAUGAUGUGUAAUUUGUACAUGACGAGGUCGGUGUCCAGAGGCGUGCGCCUGCGCUGUUUUGUUCAGCUGCGAAGGGGCCUGUUGUGUCGAUGUUUGAUAUUUACCCAUAUUGGAUAUACAGUAGAUGGACUCUGGGAACUAGAAUACUUUGUGUCAUCAGAUAGCUCUUGGAACUGAAUGGAAUAAAAAUGUAAGUUUAUCA